AUGGAGGAGGCGCUACUCUCCACCCCCAUCAACCCCAACAACUUCCCCGCCAAACUGUGGCGGCUGGUGAACAGCCCCCGGUACCGCUCGAUCCGCUGGGACGGCCGCGGCGAGGGGCUGCUCAUCGACCAGCCGCUCUUUGAGGCCGAACUGCUGAGCCCUCCCGGGGCGGGAGCGGGCGGCGGCGGCGGCGGCGGCGGGAGCUCCGGGGGCAGCGGCGGCGGGAGCGGCGGCGGCGGGGGCACCGGGGCUGAGCCCGAGCUCUUUAAAACCACCAACUUCACCAGCUUCAUCCGCCAGCUCAACCUCUACGGCUUCCGCAAGGUGGUGCUGGGCGGCCCGGGGGCGGCGGGGCCCGGGCCGGGGGGCGGCGGGCCGGCGGGCGACGGGCCGCUCCACCACUUCCACAGCCCGCACUUCCGCCGCGACCAGCCGCAGCUGCUCGUGCACCUCAAGCGCCUCACCAGCGCCAACAAGGCCAAGCUGGCGGCCGGCCUCAAGGUGCCCUGCCGCCCGCCCAACCGCUUCCAGAGACUCCUCAUCACGUCGGCCUCCGCCUCGGCCUCGGCCUCCGCCUCCGCCUCGGCCUCCUCCUCCUCCUCCUCCUCCGUCUCGGCCUCCACCUCCACCUCCCCGCUGCAGCACCAGGAGCCGCCGCCCCCGGGGCCCCGGCCCGAUCCGCACGGACCAGUGGCUGUAGGACAGUUCCAUCGUUCAUUCCGGCGCGAUAGUCUGUCUCCUUAUUCCUACGUAUCAACUUCAUCCCACAACCACAGUGCCUUUCCUUUGAAAGGUUUAGAUCGGACCCCGAUUCCUCCUAGAACGUGGCAGAACUCCCUUGGAAUGCACCCAGGACAAGUAGAAACGCCCCCCACUUUUUCAGAUAAAGGGGUUCCAUUUCCUGUCCUGCAGAGGUUUCCAACUGAAGUUACCUACACUCUGCAGCCCAGCGCCACGUCCGUACACGUUCAGCAAGGUCCUCAAACAAUGGUCAACUCCUCCCAAAAGUAUAGUAACUACACACCCUCAGCACAAUACUCCCAAGCCUACUAUCCAACAGCUGUGUUACAGUGCUGCUCUCCUUCAACCCACAUGGACGCUCUCAGCAGCUGUGUCACUCCCACUGCCUCUACCUAUGCACACUGCAACUACUUCCAGAAUCCUCCAAUGCCAUCCUCCUACCCAGUUGAGUUUCUGCCUCCUAAUUGGCCUUGUGGUUCUACUGAUGAAAAUAAAAAGACAGAAGUAAACCUAGAGGCUGUUUUUCGGAUCUUAGAUGAAUUGCAUUCCUCCCCUAAAUUGGAGAUGGUAAAGGUGGAGCCUGUUGAGAAUCAGUGCCCAACAUCUCAGUCUAACAGAGGCCAACAUAUCCUAGCUAAUUCAAGCAAUAACAAUCCGUCUUCCACAAGUCAGGCUAGCCAGCUGGAGCCACUUACUCCUGUAGGUUCAGAUAUUACAUCUUUUGUGGUCGGAACAGAACAAGCAAUUACCUGCUCUCUACCACAGUCACCUGAGUACAUGUAUACCAUCCACACAGCUCAGCCUGUUGAAAAUACUACAAUGCAGGAAUCUGCAGCCAUCCAACAAGCUCAUGUCAAACUGAAGGAGCAGCUAAGUCAUAAUCCAUCUCCACCUUCAGUAGUAUUUGUGCAGGAAGGGCUACCGUUUAGCCCACACCAGGUGGAUGCCAGUAUAAAAUGCCAGACCAAUCCACCUGAGAAUAUCUUGCCUUCAGAACAGAUGGGAUUCCUUAUUUCAGAGAUGGGGCCUGCUAGCAAGCCUAGUAAAGACACAGAUUUAUCCACUCCAGUCAGAUACAGGGAGCGAAGAAGCAGCUCACAGCAAGGAAAGUCCCCUGAUCUUCAUCUGCUGGUGGAUGUGGCCUGCAAGCAAGAGCACUUUCCAAAGGAGGAAGAAUUAAAAGAGUGA